AUGCCCCCAAAUCCCUUCCUCCUGGCUGCAGACAACCCGACGGCACUGCUAGCCCUUCUUAACGAGACACCAAGCCUCGCCUCCCAGCAGGACGACCAUGGAUACUCUCUCCUCCACGCCGCAGCAAGUUACAACCACCUCGACCUCCUGCGCGCCCUCGUGACCGACUUCAACGUGCCCGUCGACCUCCGAGAUGAGGAUUCCGAGACCGCCCUUUUCGUCGUAGAGACCGUCGAAGCCGCCAAACUUCUGGUCGAAGAGCUCCGCCUGGAUGCUGCACUGACCGGGGACGAAGGUCUCACCGCACGCGAGAAGAUCCAACAGGACGGCGACUUCCCCGCGGUUGCUCAGUAUCUAGCGGGCAGGGAGGAUGCUGCGGCGACCAGGGACGGCGCAGCGCAAGCUCCUGUCAAUGGAACCAGUCCCAACGGUGCCCUGCCACCGGUCCCUCCGGGCCUCUCGGUCAAUUUCGGAACAGUCAGCGAGGGCGAGGUCGACGGUGCUUCGCCGGACCCUGAAUUCAGGAGGCGCAUCGAGGAGCUAGCUUCCAGGGAGGACCUGGACACUGAAUCUGGGCAGGCGGCGCUUCGACAGCUUGUGGAGGAAGCCGUUUCCAGUGAGGAUUUGGCCCAGGAGCGACAAGUGCGGCGGCCCCGGCAGGGCUGA